UAACCUCCGGGCUCCGGAGAUGGGCCUAAUCCUAUCGUUUCCCUUCUUCCUCGGGAAGUCCUAGUCCCACGUCCCUAAUCCGAAUCCUGUGGGAUACGGAGCAGAUGAGGAAUCCAAUUGCCGGCUUCCCGCAGAAACCCUAAAAUCUGGUACUACCAUUCCCAAUCCCAUCUCCCUCCGCCGCCGUCCCGGAGCCGCCGCUCGCGAGGGAUGGAUCAGAUGCAGUGCUCUAGAGCUGUGCGCGGCAGAGGCAGGAAUAAGAGGAAAUGGACAGCAGAUGAAGAUGAGGAGCUUGUCAAAGCCCUUUGUGAGGUGUCUCUUGAUCCUAGAUUUAAGGUUGAAGGAGGGGGAUUCAAGAACUGUUAUUCUCAAGGGAUAGAGGGCAUUCUUGCGCAAAGGCUACCUGGCCGCGGCAUUAAAUCCAGUCCUCAUGUCGAUUCUCGGUUGAAAGUGCUGAAGAGGAAGUAUUAUGCAAUCAAAGAUAUGUUAGCGUUGCCGGACUUCUCUUGGGACGGCACACGGAAGAUGAUCCAAUGUGAAAAAGAAUUAUAUGAUGCUCAUUGCAAAGAUCAUCCUAGAGCCAAGAGUUUGUAUGGGAUCCCAUUCCCAUAUUUUGAUACAUUUGAUGCAAUAUAUGGCAAGGACAGAACAGGCAGAGAAGAGGAGGAAGUUUCUGAUGAAGCGAUUGCUGACAUGGAGAAUGAAAAUACAGAUGAAAUGGGAGAUGAGGAUGUGGAUGACGAUGGGGUAUUGGCAGGGCCGUCUGGUCGCUCCUUGGAUGCGACCUCAAGCUUUAAGAGGCAAAAGAAAUAUAACAGUGGUGCAAAAAGGAGUAGGACUGAAUCAAACCUCCCGUCUCCAAGGAUGGUUAAGGAUGUGCAUAGUCACUUUCAGAGUGCUAUUCAACAUGUCAGCACGAUGGCAACAGCAAUGGAGCUGUUUAAGGAUGUGCACAGUCACUUUCAAAAUGUUGUUCAGCACGCCAAUGCAAUGGCUAAGGCAAUGGAGAUGUUCAAGGAUGCACAUGAUCAAUUCCAGGGCGCUGUGCAAAAUGCCAGCACUGUGGCAUCAGCCAUUGAACGGUUCAAAGAUGCACAUGAUCGUUUUCAGAAUAUCACUCAGCGUGGAAGCAUGGUAGCAGCAGUGAUGGAGUGUGGUACUGAUCAUACGCCGCAAGAGAAGUCCAUGUGUGAGGAACCCCAACAAAAGGCCAAAGUGACAGCUAUAGCUGAAAUUCAAAAGCUUGGCCUUGCUGGGAGCGAUGUGGUCUAUGCAGCAAGUAUUUUCGCAAAGGAGCCAAACCAAAUGGAGAUGUUUUUAGCACUCCCAGAAAUCUACAAGAGGGAUUACAUAGUCCAGAUGCUCAACGGUGGGCAAUCUCUCCGGUAUUAGCUGAAGCAAAAUUGGAGGGAAAAAAACUAAUUCAGUAUAGGUGUAGCAUUGUUAUUUGAACUUGUCCAUAUAAACUUGGCUAACAAAACAGGUUUGCCAUGAUUUUUUUUUACGCAAGUGUUCAGCCAAAAAUAAAAAAUAAAUAAAAUCAGUAUAGGUAUCAGCAAGUGUUCAGGGUUCUCAUUCCUGGGAACAUGAUUCCCCAUUGGUUCAUUCUUUUCCGUCAGUUCGCAUGCCUUAUCGUAGUUCCGUAUCCAUAAAAA